AUGGAAGCUCCAACACAUUGCAGUUACUUGUUCAAAGGAUACCGCAAACUCCCAUCAAGCAAAUUGGGUUCAUCUCAACAUAAGAAUAACAUAUUUUGGAGAGCCAUGAAAAUAGUAACCUUGAAGGUUAGGAAAUCUGUGACCAUCAGAAACUUGAAAGCCUUAAUACAUACAAAGAAGGGAAAUUCAAGAAACUCUCAAGAAUCCCAUUUGGUCAGUGAUGAUGGGCUUGAGAAUGGACGCACAAUAGUUGACCAGAACCAAGAAAAAGACCAGAGUCAGAAUCGGAUUCUGAAUCUUCAGAAUCCAACAAGGUUGAAAAUCUAUGUCAAAAUAGCCUCAAGCAAGAAAACCGCUGUCGUCGAAGCGAAUGGUUAUCACAUUGUCCAUGACAUCAAAUCCAAAAUCCAUGCUGUGGAAGGAGCAAAUCCGGACCAAUAUGCUCUAUUCCAUGAUGGGAAGAGGCUUGAAGAUUAUAGGACCUUGGUCUCACUUGGCAUAAAAACAGAAUCAACAAUGCAUUUGAUCUUUCAUCCGAAAACUUUCUCGCCGAUUAGCGUUACAACCCCAAGUGGGAAGAUUCUGAAAUUCGACGUGAACUUGUUGUACACCGUCCGUGAUGUCAAGACAAUUGUCGAGAGCAUCAUAGGAUGUCCCGUCAGCGAUUGUAAGAUGAUUUACGUGGGAAAUGAGCUUGAGGACUCCAAGAGCUUGGCCUUUUAUGGGGUUGAAGAGAGUUCAAGUUUGGAACUUCAGGCUUCUUGGAUUCAAAUAUUUGUCAAGACAUGGAGUGGAAAGACCAUAACACUCUAUGUUACACUAUCGAACACGGUCAACGAGGUAAAGGAAAAGCUUUCCUGUAAAGUGGGAGUCCCAAUUUGUUGGCAAAGUAUUGUAUUUUCGGGGAAAAGACUUGCUGAAAACCAGAAUUUGUCAAGCUAUAACAUACAUAAGCACUCUACUCUUCACAUGGUACUUAGAUAUUGA